UUUCCAUGUUGUGCCGACGCGUGCUAAACCGUAUAAAGAUCUUCUGAUCACAGCAACUCACUACAGUUCACGAUUCAUUCCGUGUAUGUGAAUAAAGCGACACUUUGUAAAAUAUCUAAAACGGCUCUGAUAAAUAGAUGUGAAUGCGUGCCCGACGAUGAAUGAAUGAAAAAGAACGCGCCAGACUGCGUGCAUUUGGCACGAUGACAGUAGAUUACGUGGAACUCUGAAUGCGUAUGAAAUGUUGCUAAAAGCUCGCACUCUCGUGACAGACGCUGGUCGUCUCCGGCGAAUAAAAAAUACCCAAGAGAAUGUCGGAAUGAUCGUAAGAUGGUGACCAAAUGUCUGCUGAUAUUAUUGGCAAUAUUUCUGUCCUGUGUGUAUGUGUCAGGUUUUCCUAAAAAGGUCAUUAUAGCGGGACUAUUUGAUGAAGAUGAAGGAUUCCAAACGAUGUUCGAAUCAUCGGUGAGAGUGAUUAACAAAGAAAGGCAUGAAAACGAAGAACUCUCAAAUGUGUUUUUGGGACCGGAAGCGAUCCAAGUUGAAACAGAUUUGUUCGAGAUAUCAUUGAAAGUAUGCGAGCUGGUAAAAACAGGAAUAGUUGGGAUCUUUGGACCUCAAAAAAAGGUGACCGCAGAGUACGUGCAAAGCAUAUGCGAUACAAUGGAAGUGCCACACAUUUCCGUGCGACAGGAUUCUAGUGAAUCAUUUCAGUCACGUGGAUUAAGUUUGAAUUUCUAUCCGCACGUGAGCUCGUUAUCACAAAUAUACUAUCAACUGGUAAUAGAUUUGAAAUGGAAGAAUUUUGCAAUACUAUACGAAAACACCGACAGUCUUAUUCGCAUGCGUCUUUUGCUGAAACGAUCGGACCCUCACGGCAACUCUGCAUUUAUGUAUCACUUGGGUGACGGACCGAAUUAUAGGACAUUGAUUAAUUGUAUAGCUUGGCAUCGAAUCCUGUGUAGGCAAGCGAUGCAAGAAAUCAAAACAUCAGAUAUAGAGAACAUUAUCAUCGAUUGUUCGUCCGACAUACUCAAUGACGUUCUCAAGCAGGCUCAACAAGUUGGCAUCUUAUCUGAAAAACACAAAGUGAUUGUAACAUCUUUGGAUCUACAAACCUUGGAUUUAGAGCCAUAUCAGUAUUCCGGUGUCAACUUCACCGGCUUGCGCCUGAUUGACCCUGAAGAUCCGAUAGUUAGUCAAACUUUCAACAAGCAUAAGAACGAAUGGGGCUUAGACGAUCCCUCGCAGCUACAAGUUGAACCCGCUCUCAUGUACGACGCGGUACAAUUAUUUGCGAGGGCUUUCAAGCAAUUAAAAGAUGCCAUCAAAGGCGAUGUGAAGGAAUUGCCAUGUGACGGUAGUGUCAGAUGGGAACACGGCCUGAGUUUGAGCAACUUUAUGCGAUCGACUGAAACACAAGGAUUAACGGGCCUCGUAAAAUUUGAUCGAGACGGUUUCCGCAGUAAUAUACAAUUAGAUAUUGUACAUUUGACCGAAAAUGGCUUGAAAAAAAUAGGUGUAUGGAAUAGUACAAAUGGAAAGAACAUUGAUUGGUUGCCAGACACUAAAAAGUCAGAUGUCGAAUUAAACUUGCAAAAUAGAACUUUCAUAGUUUUAAUAUCCCUCACAGCACCGUAUGGCUAUGAGAAGGAAUCAUGGACGACACUGACCGGCAACGAUCGAUACGAAGGUUUCGCUGUUGACUUAAUAGAUAGUAUCAGUCAAAUAUCUAAAUUUAAUUAUACGUUGCAAGUAGAAAAGGACUAUGGCUCAUACAACAAUAGAACCAAAAAAUGGUCGGGCAUGCUUGGAAAAAUUAUAAAUGAUGAAGCAGAUUUUGCCAUUACAGAUCUUACGAUCACUGAGGAAAGACAAAAAGCGGUUGACUUCACAAAUCCAUUUAUGAAUUUAGGUAUUAGCAUUUUGUAUCGCAAAGCUGGCAAACAGUCUCCUAGCCUCUUCUCAUUUUUAUCGCCAUUUUCAAACGAAGUCUGGUCCUAUUUAAUCGGUGUAUAUAUUAUAGUGUCUUUGCUAUUUUUUGUAAUGGGUAGGCUAUGCCCAGCAGAAUGGAACAAUCCUUAUCCUUGUAUCGAAGAACCUGAAGAACUUGAUAAUCAGUUUACAUUUAAGAACGCAUUCUGGUUUGCUAUAGGAGCAAUUAUGCAGCAGGGCUCUGAAAUUGCGCCAAUAGGUAUCUCAACAAGAAUGAUGGCUUCAUUAUGGUGGUUCUUCUGCCUCAUUAUGGUAUCUAGUUACACCGCUAAUCUAGCGGCAUUUCUGACUGUAGAGACUCCUGUACAGGCUUUCGAUAAUGUUGAAGAAUUAGCAAAGCAAAAACAUAUCAAAUAUGGAGCAAAAGAUGGAGGAGCCACGUUGAAGUUUUUCGAACAUAGCGAUCAUUCGACGUACAAGGAUAUGUUCGAGUUCAUGAAGGCAAACAAAGAUGAUGUGCUUCCAAAAGAAAAUGACAUCGGAGUAAACAAGGUCAAAACCGAAAAUUACGCAUUUCUAAUGGAAUCCAGUUCGAUAGAAUAUAUAACGGAACGUGAAUGCAAAGUAGCUAAGGUGGGAGGCCUAUUGGAUGAAAAAGGCUAUGGUAUCGCUAUGAAAAAAGAUUCACCGCAUCGGCCCAAAUUCAACGCUGCACUUUUAAAACUCUCUGAAAGCGGUGGCAUAGCGGACCUGCAAAAGAAAUGGUGGAAAGAGAAACGGGGCGGAGGCAAAUGUAAGGAUGACGGUGGAAGUAAUUCAGCAGAAGAACUUGGUGUAGCUCACGUGGGUGGUGUAUUUCUCGUUCUCACCGUUGGGGUAGCCUUAUCAUGUAUAUACACCAUUUUCGAGUUACUUUGGGAUGUUGCCCAAACAUCCAUUCAAGAAAAUGUGCCUUUCAAAGAAGAAUUGAUAAACGAAUUGAAAUUUAUUAUAAAGUUCAGUGGAUCUAAAUCGACUCGAAGAAGAAAUGGAGCGUCUAGCAAAAGUGAAGAGAACAGCACGAGAGGAUGUACACCCCCGUAUGGUUUUAUACCGACAGUAAUAACAACAUCACCGACCGAUGACAAAUAACAAAGAGACAAAUUUGCACAGAUUUAUUAUUUUGUUGCCACGAUGCUCGAGUAAAAUUAAUAUGAGAGUACACAUCGUAGGCAUUUUAAGGUACUUGCAUUGAACGAGAAAUUUUAAGAGAUAAAAAAUAUUAUACUGAAUAUGCACACAACAUAUAGUUUUCACAAAUAAAAAUUAAUUUUAAAUUGCCA